AACAGGCAGAGGACGACAGAUAGACAGAGGACAGAUAGACAGACGACAGAUACACUUACCGCUCUAAACUGGCAGUUUUUCUCUCUCCUUGAACAGAGAGCUAGGGGCAAAUGAUUUGCAGGGCCAUCAGAAGGAUAACUAGCAGGGCUCUCCAGCAGUAGCUGUAAUCCUGCCCAUCAUGAUUUUAGGAUUUGCAGCCAUUGUCUUAAUUAAAGAUAGAGUAACCCGGGUAUAUAUAGAUAGGAUUCUUGCUUGAAAUUUUCAGCUUUGGAUACAUCUAUGUUACAAGCAAGCACGCACAACCAUGGCACCCAGUAGCACGCCCAAUCUGGCAGCAAUUAAUUAGGAAAGGAGACACAGAUAUCUGAGCUGUCAUCUAUGACACCUAAAUGCUCUCAGUAGGUCUGCAAAACGGUAGACUUAUCUAUAAUUAAGUUUACUAACCAACUUUCCUUCUGAAGUACACAUACCUCUUCACAGUGGGCUGCUCAGUAUCACCGCUGAUAAGACAAUGAGGGCAUGCUUGCUCAGGAAGAAAAAGUCAAGCUGUAUGUGGACAACGACACAAGAGGAAACACUCCAUGAUCCAUUUCUUCAGAACAUGUUAGGAGAACAGGAACACGUUAAAAGCUCAGCAAGGCCAGCAAGAGUUAGCACAGCUAGCAACUCUUCAUUGAUUUCUGACGUAGACACGGAGGCCGAGUUUCAGCUGUCAGAAUUUGAGGACGAUUCCACGUGGGAAAAGGAGGAUAAAUUGGAAGAUGGCUCUGGAUUUGUUGUCGAUCCUGAUGGAGAUUUGUGCUACUUGUGGCUGGGUAUCGUCACUAUAUCUGUUCUAUACAACUUGUGGGCAGUAAUCUACAGGACAGCCUUCAAAGACGACCUUGGUUCACAUCUGGAUGUUUUCGUUUUGUUCGAUUGGCUUGCAGACUUCAUCUACCUUGCUGACAUUGCUGUGCAGUUUCAUGUGGGAUACCUGGAGCAAGGAAUCCUGGUACAAAAUACUAAAAAGCUCAGAUAUCACUAUAGCCAGGAUCCCAACUUCUACAAGGACAUUCUCUCCGUAUUUCCUGUUUUCAUCCUGGAGUUUCUCUACUGGCCAUUUGCAGAACUGCCGUUGGUCAUUCUGCGUUUUCCUCGUUUUUUGAAGAUUUCCUCUCUUGUUAAAUUCUUUGACAUGAGCGACACGCACACGAGUCUGCCUCAUCUGGUUCGUGCCUUGCGACUGACGCUUUACUUCACGACGGCAAUUCACUGGCUGGCUUGUUGCUACUACAUGAUAUCACAUUAUGAAGGAUUCGGCACCAACGACUGGGUCUAUCCCCGACUCGAAGGACAAGAUGCUACACUAACCAGAAAAUACAUCCGGUCUCUCUACUGGUCGAUGCUGACCCUCACAGCCAUCGGAGAGACGCCCAACCCGUCGACCAAUCUGGAGUACGUUGUGACGGGGUUGACGUACAUUGUUGGAGUGAUGGUGUUUGCUGCUGUGGUCGGUAAUGUGGGUGACGUCAUCAGCAACAUGAACGCUGCAAGGAUGGACUUUCAAGCACGGUAUUUUCGACAAAUGGAUUGUAUAAAGCAGUACAUGAACCACAGGAGCGUUCCUGAACUGUUGCAGCGACGUGUGAAAAAGUGGCUUGACUACUCGUGGUCAAGAACUCAAGCUCUCGACGAGGCGAGUCUUCUGGCCCUGCUUCCCGGGCAGUUGAGAACGGAGAUUGCUAUCCACGUUCAUCUAGACACUCUGAAGAAGGUCGACAUAUUUGCCAACUGCGAGAGAGGCUUCCUGCGUGAGUUGGUCGUUAAACUUCGAUCCCAGAUCUUCUCUCCAGGAGACUACAUCUGCCGUGAAGGAGAAGUAGGGAGAGAAAUGUAUAUCAUCAAUCAUGGGCGCGUUGAAGUGAUAGUACGUGAACAAGAGACCAAUCACCGGAUUGUUGUGCGUACAAUGACGGAAGGAAGUUAUUUCGGCGAGAUCAGUCUGUUGCGGUUGGAUGCUGGUUGUAACAAGAGGUCGGCUGAUGUUCGCUCGGUUGGGUAUUCUGAACUUUUUAUCUUGUCUAAACGAGACCUGCUGCAGGCUCUUCACUACUACCCCGAGGCAAAAGAGCUGCUUGAAAAGGGAGGACGUGACAGGUUGAAAGAUCAUCGAACUCACGUGGACAGUACCUCACCAUCGAUGGGCGAAGAAGACUUUGAUCUUCCAAAACUGUUUGAGAGCGCUCCUCCACUAACCUCGAAAAGAAGUUCAAAUACGAGUGAAGAAAUGAAGAUUCUAUUGCGAGAGUUGAGACAAUUUGAUAGCCUGGCAAGCAGGCAGUGGAUAGCUCAGCUCGAAGCAAAGUGUCAGCAGGCGGAGAGUCAGCUUUCUCAGAAGCACGACGAGAUCAAAGACAAAGACUUCGAGCUGUCGAGAUUGCAGAAUUCGUUGAAAGAAGCAGAGAAAGUGCUGGCAAUCAGACGAGAGCGCAAAUCACGUCGCAACUCGACGGGAUCUAAGAUGGUGACAACCAAUGGAUAUCUAGACGUGAACGAGCCUGCAAAGAGGAGAUCAGAGAGAAGACGAGGGAUCUCACCCGUUCGUCCUCAGAGCAAUUAUGUUAGUAUCAGUGAAAAUGGGCCGAGUUUGACGGUGAGCGCUCCACAGUUUCACAUGACUCCAGUGAUUGAGGUUCCUACCGUUUCCGUUGAAACAGAGCCGCUUCCGCAGCCGUCAAUUCAAGUAAACUUUGCGCCAGCGCAGCUCUCAUCAGCGCCUUUUAUUUCUGCUUCGUCGCAGAUCGGUUACGCUAGCAGCGCAGUCAACAGUGAAUUUGAGAGUGAAGAUUCCGACAAUGAUAUGAGUGACUGAAGUCGUCAUCACGCAUUUGUGUAAAUUUUGUUGUAAAUAUCAACGCUGCUAAACACUUUUAUCUUUAUUGGACGAUAGAGAGUCUACAGUGGACACAGAGUUCGUGAACAGAGUAAAAUAUGCUGCAGCGAGAUGUUGAAAGUUAACUAAUUAAUUAAUGUAUCUACAAUGCGACGGAAAGUUUCC